CAGGCCCAAAAACCAAUCAUCCAUUCCCUCCUCAGCUUCUCCAUUGCUGAUGAGCUGCUCACUGCUCCCUAGCUACAGAGUUUUGAUCCUACUUUUUGAGUCUCAGAAAUAAAAAUACAAUAAAACGUUUUGCGAUCGCAGUUGAAUUUCUUUCGACAAUCGUGCAUUUCCGUCUUCGUAUAAAAUUGUUGAGAGCUGGAAUUCAUCGGACAAUUUGAAGAAGACGAACGAAAAAGAAGGUGACUUGAACAGCGCAGGUGCCGAGAGGGCGAGCUUGGCACAGCGGAAAGGUUGCUCCUUUGUGACAGGCUCGAGUCGUGGAAAUAGCCUCUUUGCAAAGCAAAGAUGGAGGAGUUGUUAAAGAACCAGAUAUUUGCAAUCCAUGCACUUUCUGGUGUAGGUUCAGUGGCAUUAGGCACAGCCCUUACUUACCCUCUUGAUACAAUCAAAACCCUUAUUCAGGUUGGUUCAGGUUCUAGUAAGCAAUUGACAACUACUCAGGUUUUAAAGAGAGUUGGAUAUUUUUCAGGAAAUUCAGGUUUGUACAACGGUUUUCUAUGGUUAGCAGCGGGAAGAACUUUGGGGUUGGGAGCUCGUUUUGGAACCUAUGAAAUUUUGACUGCCUUCUAUAAAGAUGGUCGAGAAGAUAACUAUGUCUACGUCUCUGAGGCCCUCCUGGCGGGACUUGUUUCUGGUGUUGUAGAAUCACUAAUAAGCUCCCCAUUUGAACUUAUAAAACUUCGUGCCCAGGUGACCUCUGCUUCUCGCAUUCCAAACUCGGCCUCUCUCAUUCCAAACUCGGCCUCUCUCCCAGGAAAGGAAGCUGUUGCACCUUUGAUUCAAAGAUUGCUACGUGGGUGUAGUCCGGACAUGAAGGCAUUAAAUUCUUCUGUUGCCCUUUUAUCCACCCUAACAACCAAGCAUCCUAAUAUGACGAGUGCUUUACAAGAGUACCCAUGGAUGAUGACAGGAUCUGGGAAACCACCCUCAGUGUUCAGUGUCAGGAAACCAUCUGAAAUCAUCUCUUUGGAAGGAUGGGGUGCAUUAUGGAGAGGUCUACGGCCAGGAGUUGUUCGGGAUUCAGUUUUUGGUGGCAUAUUCUUUUCUACUUGGCAAUCUCUACACCGAGCAAUGCUUGACUGGAAGGCAGUGGGGAUGGAUCCUGAACCCAGGUCGGAUGAUGAAAUCGGUCCACUUUCUCCUUUGGCUAUUAGUAUUGCGGCAGGAAUUUCUGGUUCUGUUGCUGCGGCUGCUUCUCAUUGUUUUGACACUGCCAAAUCUCGAUCAGAAUGUACUGUGCUGCCCAAGUAUGUCUCAAUGGAGAGGAAGCUUCUGAAAUGGGGAAGACCAGGGAAUGGGUUUGAGAGAGUUACAGGGAUCCACCCUUCAGACAGGAAUCUCCUGUUCCGCGGCCUUGGGUUACGGAUGGCUCGCAGCGGGAUCGCAUCAUUCGUCAUGGUCGGAAGCUAUUUCUUGGCUGUGGAUCGUCUUGUUUGAAGAGCAAAUUAACAGGUAGAGAAGGCUUAGUUGAACACAUUGAGAAAAAGAAAGAACUGGAUUUAUACGUGUAUAAGUUAGCUGCUUUGUUAUCUCAUUGAAACUGGACAUCCACAUAAAGCCGAAGGCAUUGAUAAAAGUUAACUUCCUUGGGUUGUA